AUGAGCGAUGAAAUCAGACCUGUAGUAGACCUCUCAAAACUAUCCUGGGGCUCCAUCAAACGAUAUGAAGCUCUCUUCGGUUUGCGAGCCAAAAAAGAAGAACUUGUAGAUUGCGUAAAAGACCAUUUCGCUUUGGCUUGCUACAACAUAAUCAAAUCACAAAAACAAGAUGUAGAGCUAUACUCACCUACUACGGAUCUAACCUGUGACCUUGAAACUUUUCAAACAGAAUUCAAGACUCCUGAUGAGGUCAUUGAAAGUUUUUUGAAAAUUAAGACUGAUGAUAAGGAAGAACAAGGGACAAGAAAAAGUACGAGAUUUAGGGAAAGACAGGAAAGAGGAAAUAAUUAA